UUCACUUCUUAUCAAUGCGAAAAUGGCGGAAAUCACAGUCAGCAUGCGAGCAUAUUGUAAAUUGCUAUUACAUGCCGCAAAAUAUCCUCACUGUUCAGUAAAUGGCGUGCUAUUAGCAGAAAAUUCAAAAUCUAAAGAUCACAGAAAUUUAAAAUUUGUAGACUGUAUCCCGUUAUUUCAUCUCUCACUCGGGCUAUCGCCAAUGUUGGAGGCAGCACUUCUUCAGAUUGAUGGAUACUGCAAAAGUGCUGGAUAUAUCAUAGCUGGCUAUUACCAGGCUAAUGAAAACUAUUCUGACUCAGAAUUGAACUGUAUUGCACGAGUUGUAGGAAAAAGGAUCAGUGAGAACUGUCAGGACUCGUGUAUAUUCAUGAUUGAUAAUAAAAGAGUUUCCCCAGAAUCUGUAUCAGAGGUUUAUAGAACAUAUUCCUUAAAGGACACAUCUUGGAGAGAAAUGGAAAAAAGAUCAACCGUUGAUGAGGAAACCAUGGAGACAGCAGCCACAUUGCUUACAUCAGGUGCUUACACACAGCUAACAGACUUUGAUAAUCAUUUUGAUGAUUUGACGAAUGACUGGUUGAACACGCCCAUCAAUGAUAUGAUCAAACGAUGUACAUAGAAGCUGUCUCAGUAUAAAACAUCAGUAGACAACAGGAUUGAUUUAACAUUUAUACUUGUUGAGUUGGUGCAAUAACAGACUACAGGAUUGAUCUUGUAAUACUCCGCUACACAGAUGGUGAACCGGACUGUCUUUCUAACUCUGCUACACAGAUGGUGAACUGGACGGUCCUUCUAACUCCGCUACACAGAUGGUGAACUGGACUGUCCUUCUAACUCCGCUACGCAGAUGGUGAACCGGACUGUCCUUCUAACUCCGCUACACAGAUGGUGCACUGGACUGUCCUUCUAACUCCGCUACACAGAUGGUGAACUGGACUGUCCUUCUAACUCCGCUACACAGAUGGUGAACUGGACUGUCCUUCUAACUCCGCUACACAGAUGGUGAACUGGACGGUCCUUCUAACUCUGCUACACAGAUGGUGAACUGGACUGUCCUUCUAACUCCACUACACAGAUGGUGAACCGGACUGUCCUUCUAACUCCACUACACAGAUGGUGAACCGGACUGUCCUUCUAACUCUGCUACACAGAUGGUGAACUGGACUGUCCUUCUAACUCCGCUACACAGAUGGUGAACUGGACGGUCCUUUCAGCAAAUUAUUGUAGGAUACUUGUAGUAGGGGUUAGCUUGAAAGUGGUUGCCAAGUUUAAUAUGUUUUUCCAACCAUUUCAACCUGAUCAAGAGUAGCCUACCUGGAGUAGUCUAUCCGGAGAAGUAUAUCUGGAGAAGUUUAUCUAGAGUAGCCUACCUGGAGUAGUCUAACCGAAGUAGUCUAUCCAGAGUAGUCUAUCCAGAGAAGUCUAUCCGGAGAAGUCUAUCCGGAGAAGUCUAUCUGGAGAAGUUUAUCUAGAGUAGCCUACCUGGAGUAGUCUAACCGAAGUAGUCUAUCCAGAGUAGUCUAUCCAGAGUAGUCUAUCCAGAGAAGUCUAUCCGGAGAAGUCUAUCCGGAGAAGUCUAUCUGGAGAAGUUUAUCUAGAGUAGCCUACCUGGAGUAGUCUAACCGAAGUAGUCUAACCGAAGUAGUCUAUCCGGAGAAGUCUAUCCAGAGAAGUCUAUCCAGAGAAGUCUAUCCGGAGAAGUCUAUCUGGAGAAGUUUAUCUAGAGUAGCCUACCUGGAGUAGUCUAACCGAAGUAGUCUAUCCGGAGAAGUCUAUCCAGAGAAGUCUAUCCGGAGAAGUUUAUCCGGAGAAGUUUAUCUAGAGUAGUCUAACCGAAGUAGUCUAAUGUAAAGGGAUGGCAGGGUACAUCUGAUAUGAAAGUAAAGGACAUUGAACAUUAUUGUGUUUGGCAGCGAGUGUUAACUGGUCAGUGGUCUAGAAGACUCUUCUUGAGAAAUUUAAAUGUAUGCUAGCUGGUGACUGGUAGAUCCUCUGGACUUCCACUGAGGUGUGAUGGGGGUUGGUAGGUCCCUUGGACUUCCACUAAGGUGUGAUAGGGGUUGGUAGGUCCAUUGGACUUCCACUAAGGUGUGAUAGGGGUUGGUAGGUCCCUUGGACUUCCACUAAGAUGUGAUAGGGGUUGGUAGGUCCCUUGGACUUCCACUAAGGUGUGAUAGGGGUUGGUAGGUCCUCUGGACUUCCACUAAGGUGUGAUAGGGGUUGGAAGGUCCUCUGGACUUCCACUAAGGUGUGAUAGGGGUUGAUAGGUCCUCUGGACUUCCACUAAGGUGUGAUAGGGGUUGGUAGGUCCCUUGGACUUCCACUAAGGUGUGAUAGGGGUUGGUAGGUCCUCUGGACUUCCACUAAGGUGUGAUAGGGGUUGGUAGGUCCUCUGGACUUCCACUAAGGUGUGAUAGGGGUUGGUAGGUCAGCUAUGGGCUCUAAUUUUUGUACCAUUCCAUCUGUUUUAAUAAAACACUCUGUGUUCAGUCAUAUGACGACAAUACACGGAAUACAGGUAAACCCUUAACUUCCCAUCUACAGAUAAUUUGAGGAAUAUUCCGCACAAAUAGAAAAAAAUCUUUCUAUUCUGUAUCUUUUAAAAAACACUCUUACUCUUAAUGUUGUCAGCUUUAAUUUAUUUACUGUUUGGCAAAUGGAGCUAGUGGGAAUACCACAAGUCAAUAUCUAAAUAGAUACAAUAGAUAUACUUUAUUAAGGGUAUUGGAGUACCGGGAACUGUAGGCUCACUAGAUAAUCAAUAAUUUGUAAGCUGUUCACUUACAUUAAUUUCUGAUGGCUUGUAAGGCCAAUUUCACAUCAAUCUUAUAAUGUACACAAAUAUGUCAUGCAUAUAAAAUCAAACUUGUUAUUACGCAAAUCAGGGCCACAAUGAACACUUGUAAUUUAUCUAGCUAAAUCUGUAAAGAAUUUUCACAAAUCAAAUAUAUGUUUCUUUAUAUGGUAAAUUUAGGCAUAUGAUUUCCAUAAGAACAUAAGUAGAUGCUUUCAUCCUAACUAGUGGUGAAUGUCUCGGUGUUAAAUCUGUAUUCAUUUUAUGGAAAUUCUUCUUUAAGAUGACUACUUGGUUUUAUUUAUUUAUUCUAUGUAUGUCUGUUGUCAUUAUAAUGUAAUUCAAGUUAUUAAUAUUUAAGCAUUGAACUGCUUAUAUAGAUGAGUAGUAUUCUGAAGGCUAUAUAUUAAAAUUUAAAAUAUUGGAAGACAGGUUCUGGUUUGGUUAUCUCCCUUGUAUAAUAUUGAUAGUGUUCUGAACAGUUCCUCACCCUAGAUGUCAACAUUUUGUAAGAUUAAGAACUUGUCCUUAAAUCAACCCCUGCAUUUUUGUUAUUUUAGUAAAAAAUUAUAAUUUUGAAGAACUGUAUAACAGAAGUAUAAUCCAUUACAAUGUUUUAUAGAUAUAGAAUAUAUUGUAAGGAAAUGUAUCAUUGCCAGUGGGAAAAUAUUAACCAGAUGAUUCACAUCCAAAUAAUCAGAAGAUAGUAGAACCAAAGAGACUGUGUAAUUCAAUUGUAUUUUUAAAAGAGCAGAAAAUAUAAGGCUAAUUAAUGUAGGAUACACGGGCUAUCCUGGAGUGAUUACUAGAAAGUUGUGUUUACUUUAGAAAGGUUUAUUGAGCACAGGAUCAGGGAAAUCUACAACAUGUAUUUACGAUAUAAUGUUAAUGCUGUAUACUCCACAUCAACAGUGUUUAUUGAGUCAUUCCUCGCCACAUGACCUACUGUAUAUGUAUGUAUCUAGUGAAUGAGUCAUUCCUCGCCACAUGACCUUCUGUAUAUGUAUGUAUCUAGUCAAUGCAAAUGCAGUCUAAAUUAAUGUUUAUGUGAGAAUCAGGAAUGAAUGAUGAUAUGGUAUGGAUCAUAGUGUAAUUUUUAGCCAGUAUGAUUAAAAAUGAAUACCAACCAAAAACAUUACAAUGUAUUAUUUUAAUAUUUAUGUCGUUGUGUGCAUCCAAGUAAAAACGUCUUUGUACUGCUAUAACUCAAGGUCAUAUCAUGAUAAUAUAUCCAUCAUUUAGAGGCUUGAUUGAACACUAGAUCUCACGCAAAGAUAAAAGAAUCAAAAUAAAUUUUAAUUAUAAAAAUGAUUACAGAUUUUUCCAUUUGUCUGCUCUGUAAGAGAAAUCAUUCCACAUUUGAUGAGGGCAUAUACAACAACUCGGAAGUGUAACCUCUAUAUAUAUAUAUAUAUAUACAACAACUCGAAAGUGUGAUGUCUAUAUAUAUAUAUAUA